AUGUCUAUUGAGCUUGACGCAACUAUUGAAAAUCUUACAAAUGCAAAUUCCACGACUCCCAAUACUCAAUUGAAAGCCGAAUUGAAUGAAUUAUACACCUUAUCUCGCAAGCACGGUCUGACAUCAACCAACCUAAUCAAACUAAUAACAUUCAUAUGUCAUUCAGGUCUGCUAUCAGAAGAGACAAAGCUAAUCAUUAUUAAGAAAUAUCUUCUGCCGAAUGGUUAUAUAAAUAAGAGUGUCAUUGAUCUCAUAGUCAAAAACUUGGGACAACCCACUUCAACGAAACAAAAAUACCCAUCCAAGGAACUCCAAGCUGCCUUAUGCAAUUGGUUAGUCCAUAUAUCAAUCCUUAUUCCUAAAUACACGAUCGAUUUAUCGGUAUGGUCUCACCUGUGGCAAUUUCACUAUUUGCAAAGAUCGGUUACAUUGAUUUUAAUAUGGUUCACCACGUUGACGACUGAGAUCAAACCAUGGAAAUUGAAGAUCUUGGAACAAAUUGCCCUGAAUCCAGGGUAUGAGAAUAGCGAAGCGUAUGCUACCCUGAUAUUAAGACGAUAUCUUACUCUUUUGGAAAAGUCUAAUAGAAUCCAGGCACUAAUCAAAACGAUUGACUGUGAUAUCAAAUUCAUAAAAGUAUUACAAAGUUUCCAAUUUGAAGAUGAAUUUCGUCGUAAUUUGAAGAAAGUGCUGAUUGCUGUGAAUCCCAUCGAGUUUAACAAGAGAUCUAUUGAGAAAUCAUUACGAUAUCAAAUUAUACAAUUGCAAGAUGAUCCAGAAAGACCAUUGCAAUUAAUUUAUAAAGAACGUUAUUCUGAUAAUGAAAUAAUACAACUGGAAGAAAUUGCUUGUUUAGGUGAAUUACAAAGGCGAUGGGGUGAGAUUGAAUUGCCUAAAAGUGGGGAAGCUAUAUUUACAAAUGAGAACAACUUGGCAAUACAAUUUUAUCCAAUGGUGUUGACUAGAUCCCGUCAUGAUAAUAAUGAUGUGCAACUUGAACAAUUUUGGUCAAAGAUGUACGAAUGGAUCUCUACGCAGUUAACGAGAUGUUUCCAAGAUAAAAAGAUGAAAUCUUUAGAAAAAAUUACAGUUUUUGACCACAUAAUGAAAGGUUGCCAAUUACAUACUAAUCUUAUUAGAAAAGUUAUCGAUGAAUUUCUCAUUUUAGAAAAUUUAUCUGCUAACAAGGAUCUUUUCAUGUCUAUAUGCACCAUUGUGUUCCCCAUAAUUAGACGUCCUGGUAUAAAUGAUGAAAUGGAGUCAACCAAUUUCCAGAAAAAGAUCCUUCAAAUUAUAAAUAUUUGCAAUUUAAGCAACAACACAAAUUCAGAGAUUAAAAUAUGGUCUACCUCACAAAAUACAAUUUUAUCAAUUGUUUCAAAUUCAAUCAUAUUGAUGCUUAAAAAUUGGUUAUUAGAGUCUGAUGUUGACAUGGCACUGAUAUCCUAUGUGCUUGAUAUUCUAAACGAUAUACGAAAAGUAUUACUGUCUAAUCUUGUUCAUUCCGUCGAAAAUAGACAUAUAACAAUCACAACCAUUUCCUUACUAGAUCUUCUUUCUUUUAUUGCUACCAAUUUCCAUGAACAAUUUAACGAUCCAGAAACGCCCGAUGAGAUUGUCCAACAGUAUCUGAAACAAAUAAUUUUGAAAAACAGUACAAUGAACAAGCUUUGUACUAUUGAUGAUCCAUUACUCCUUAAUGCCUGUUGUCGUUAUCUUGUCAGUGUUAAAGAACUAUUGGUUUAUAGAGAACCGGACGAUCUUUACGUGCAACUACAAAACCAAUAUAUCUUAGAUUUGACAAAUUAUCUUUGGAGAAAUAGAAUAUACAAAUCAAAAAAGAUAUUUAAUAUACCAUCUAAAUUCAUAAAGGAAGUUGUUAAGAACCUGUAUCUGCCGGAUAUUAAUUCAAAGACAAGUGCUAUUUUUUCCAUUUUUGGAAUUCCCUCCACAUCAUAUCUUUCCCAGCAAGCUCUAGAUCAGCUUGAACGAAACAAUUCAGUAACUAUGAAUUACUGUGAAUUGAUAACGGAAGAAGGUUUCAAAAGAUUUACCAGUGAAUUAUCUGAUAAAAGUUUAUGGAUUUCAAACAUAUCUGAUUUCAAUCAAUUGAAACCUGAAUUAUUGAAGAUAAUUAGUACUAUGCAGUGUUACAAUCAUAUUGCAUUGUUUCUAUUUACAUAUUUAAAGAGUCUCUCUAAAUAUAACGAAGUUCUAUAG